UCUACCAAGAAAUAUCACAUCCGGUUCUUCAGCACAAUUUUGAGGUGCGCAUUAGGAUUCCGUUGUUUCCUAUAAAAACGGUCAGCAGGCAAACCAGUACGGUGCACCGGCAAUCCAUCUUUCUGCAUUUUCCAUAGCAUUUAAGUUCUAACGUUGGUGAAAAUUCAAAGAUCAAGUUACCGGUUAAUCGCGUGACUGCAGCAGCAAUGUACCCAUCCGAAAUUCGAAAGUCAGCUUUCCUACUUGUUUCGAUUGUUGCUGUCAUCAGCUGUAUAACGGCAUCCACCGUGGAUGUCGCCUUGGUACAGUUUCAUCUCUGGGGCGAUAAGACACCGACGAGUGUACAGUUUGUUGGACCCGUGAGGGCGAAGGCCGUGGAAGACUUGGCACCGUACAAGGAUGUUUUGAAUAUCACCACCGUCUUCGUCUACGAACGCAACGUGACGACGUGCGACGCGAUGGAUGAACGAGUAACAUACUGGUUUGCGAGCUAUUAUUAUCGGUUCAGGAUGGGAAAUCCUAUUAUGGGAGUGUUUGGUCCUGGGUGCCCAACAGCAGCAGCAUCUGUGGCUCAACUGGCCGGAAGAUGGAAUUAUCAGAUGCUAGCUACUUCAUGGGGAGAUCGAGAGAAUGAUCUUUCCAACAAAAGGCGCUAUCCCACGUUAACCUCGUUGUCUCCCUUCAACCAUUACGAUCUGAGUAUGAUGGUGCACAAAAUAUUAGCUGAGUUCCGCUACAACAAUGUGGCAAUGCUGUGUGACGAUGCCAGCGACAGUUUGGGACUGUAUGCUUCGGUGUGUUCAUUCGUAUUCGACAUUAUUCUUCUGAAGUAUAAUGUCAGGAUCAGCCGGUAUUACGUAAAUGCCACAGACGAGAACAAUGUGAAACGUUAUCUGGACGAGAUGAAAACGAUAGCUCGGGUUGCCAUCAUCAUUGCCCACGGUGAUCGGAUUCGUCCAAUUAUGCUGGCAGCGUCUGACAAGAAGAUGACGGAAGGGGAUUAUGGCGGACCAGGCACCGGUAAGACCGUCACCGCGGCAACCCUGGUGUACCAUCUGGUAAAAGCCACCCGUGCCAAGUUGCUAGUCUGCGCGCCCAGUAAUAUCGCGUUGGACCAGCUGACGGAGGAGAUCUGGAAGACCGGCCUGAAAGUGGUGCGCGUCUACGCCCAGAGCCGCGAGGGGGUGGAAUCGCCCAUGCACUUGCUGUCGCUGCAUCGGCAGAUGCUGACCAAUCCCCAACUGAAGACGCUACAGUUGAUCAAGGACACCGGGGUGUUGUCGGAUAAGGAUGAGCGUCGGUAUCGCUCGUUGCGUAUGCGGGUCGAGCAGGAGCUGCUCAGCGGAGCGGAUGUAGUAUGUACGACGUGCGUGAGUGCUGGAGAUUCGCGCCUUCACCGGAUGACGUUCAAAGUGGUGCUUAUCGAUGGGAGCACACAGGCGAUUGAGCCGGAAUGCUUGAUUCCCAUUGCCAUGGGCUGUAAACAGCUGGUACUGGUGGGCGAUCCUUGCCAGCUGGGUCCGGUAGUGAUGUCGAAGCAGGCCGCCGCCGUCGGCUUGAGUUCUUCCGUGUUCGAGCGGUUGAUCGCGUUGGGUCUGCGACCGCACCGUCUGCAGGUGCAAUACCGGAUGAACCCCAUCCUUUCGGACUUCCCCUCCAACGUUUUCUACGAAGGCUCCCUGGUGAACGGUGUGCACGCCUCCACGGUGGACCGACUGAUAUCCGACAUGAACUUUCCUUGGCCAAGUGUGGAAAAACCCAUGUUCUUCCUCAACAUCUGCGGCGCGGAGGAGUUGGUCGGUGUGGGGAUGUCGUUUUUCAAUCGAGCGGAAGCCACCAUGGUGGAGAAGAUCACCACCCAGAAUCCUUUGCGAAUCGGGAUUGUAACCCCGUAUGAGGGACAGCGGGCGUUUGUGGUGCAGCAUAUGCCGUCGUCGAAUGCCGGUUUGCCCAUUAAAUUGUACCAGACAGCUGAAGUGGCCAGCGUGGACGCCUUCCAGGGCCGUGAGAAAGACCUGAUUAUCUUGUCAUGCGUGCGUUCCAACGCCCACCAGGGCAUCGGUUUCCUGAAAGAUCCGCGGCGUCUGAACGUAGCCCUCACUCGCGCCAGAUACGGCCUCAUCAUCGUCGGCAACGCCGGGAUCCUGUCCAAGCAACCCUUGUGGAAUCGUCUCCUGCACCAUUUUGCCGCGUCCGGUCUGCUGGUGGACGGACCGCUCAGUCGCCUGCAUCCCUCCACCGUCGAGCUGCCCCCACUUACGCUUUUGCGAAGCCCCACCCCCGUUUCCGGUCGCGAUCUGGAAUCCACGCUGCUGGAAGUGCGUUCCGCUCGGAUGCCGGGCGUGGAGAACCGCCCGCAUCUGCCGCCGAAGUAUGCCCGCCGCAAGGACCCCAUGGCGCUGCAGGACCCGGUGCACGCCGUCAGUCCGCAGGCCGUCCGACGUGCAGCGGCCAGUGCCAACGUGCAGAUGCCUACAUGUCUGUUGGUCCCCGAUAUGUUGAGGCAGGAGCAGUAUCUGCCCUGGAUGAUGGUACCAGAGGCACAACGGCCGAACCGCGACUAUUCGCAAGCCAUGACCAUGUCGCAGGGGAUGUCGCCGGGCAUGAUCCAGGGAUCCAGCUAUAACCUGAGCCAGAAUUCCGGGUUCAUGGGCAAUCUGUCGCAGAGUACUUAUUCCAACACCCAGUUGAACCAAGGUGCAGGUGACUACGUUUAAGCAGCCUGGACAAGCCGUGGCUGUGCGGUGCGCGGCUAUUCGGAGGCCAUGAUCAUGUCGC